UAACGUGACUUCCAGAUUAUGUGGCGUGAAAUCAGCUGCAGUGUUGAGUGAUCGUUGAAUGGUUCACUAUUUUGUAAUUGAGCCGAGGUUGUACGCAAAAUAGCAGAAAGAUGCAUAUGGUUUUUGGGAAUUUGGCGAAAAUCACUAGGGUGAUUUACUAUAGAUUGAGCCCGUAUGAGCAAAAGCCUUUUGUCGGAAUAAUCAAACAUGGCUUUCCAAAUGUACUACGCAGAUUGCAGGAAAAUAUUUUCAUAGUUACACCCCCUUUCAUCUUUACCACCUUACUGAUGAGCUGGGCCGACUCCAAAAAUCUCGAAUUGUCCGUAAAGAACCCGAAGGAUUACGAGCACGAAAAAUAAAUAUAGACUGUAACCAAAUUCAUUAGUUGAUAAUGUAUAGUGUGAAAUAUUUAUUGAAAAGUUAAUGAUGCAAGAUUGUCGGCGACG